AUGGCGGCGACGGCCACGGCCACUGGCGCUGACGUUGAUCAGCAACCGCAUCCUACAGUAGCUGAAAGCGCCGCAUCAUGCCUGCACUCUUUCCAGCAAUGUGUUCAAAGAGCAGCAUCCAUCCACCCACGAGAGCUUUCACUUGUGGAAGACCAGCUAGCAAGGUUUUCUGUUUGGACGACUAAUAUCAGAGUAUUUGCACCAGGUCGAGCGGCGUUAGACCAUCGCCUACGCGAGGCUCCUGAUGUUCAAGAUGCCGUUACCGGUCUUCUUGAUGCGCUGGCUAUCCGCGUCCAGAGCUGUUGGAAUAAUCUUGAACCCCUUAGUUCCAAGGUAGCUCAAGAGUCUAGUCAGCCCUUAGUAGGGGUCGACCCUAAGUUCCGGAAAUCAAUCCAAGAAAUCGCCAAUGAAAUAAGUUUACUCCAUAGAUUUUCAAACACCAUUCGUAGAGCAAGCAAAGCGGCCCAGAACCUCAAAGCGGCCGACUCAUUUCGAAUCCGCGAUGAUGAAGGGAACGACGCCGAGGACUUUAUAACGAAGUUGUUCGUUAACCACAUUCGAGACAAAUUUCCAGGGGUUAGCGACAGGAUUUGUCAACGUCUCGCCGAAACUAUGGUACUGCGACGGAAACGGAUUCUUUAUAGGAGAUCUCGUUACGGGGAUACUCCCAUCGGACUCCAAGAGACUCCCUCUCAACCUCGGGUCACUGUACCCAAAGUCCAACUCAAGAUUCGUGCGGCAGAGCAGCCACGGUCUGAGGGACCUCAAUCCGGGGAUGCAUCCAAAAGCGCCAUACAAUCCGUAGCGCAGAGUGCCACCACAUUGGCCCCUAGUAACUUUCAAAGGGCCUCGGCUCCGUCCGUGGUCUCUGUGUCGAAGACUGUAGCGUUAAGUAAUCAUGAAGAACUUACAUUCCCUCCAGCUCCGCUCGGCAGUCUAAAACGGAAAUACAACGAAGUUAGAAGACAACGAGAGGAAAUUGACAAACACAAUCUCGACUCCCCAAAUAGCGGGGAUAAACUCAAGUCUCUUAAUUCAGUAUGGAAAGAGAAAGCUAAGGAAAUAGGAGAAAUUAUAAAGGCUGUAGGGGAGGUAACCUGUCCGUUCUGCUUUUAUGCCCUUCCAGCAGAGGACGUGAUAGAUGAUAACAAAUGGAGGCUCCACGUCAAAAAUGACCUCGACGCAUACGUAUGUCUGUUCGAGGACUGCAGCUUACCUCACGAAUUAUAUGUACACAGUAGCGCCUGGCUUAAACAUAUGCGUGAGCAUGCCAUGCGCUGGCGCUGUAUAUCGAAAUCCCAUGGGCAGUUUGUAUGCGAGUCCAGAGACGAUUAUCUCACACACAUGAAGACCACGCACAAAGGCAAAUUCUCCGACGCCCAACUCCAAGCUUUAGCCGAUAGAAACGGUCGGGUCAUUGGCCCUCUAUUUAGAUCUUGCCCGCUAUGUGGAAAGAAAGAGGUCGACAGCACCAUGGAUAAUCAUAUCGUUGGCCAUCUACGGUUUCUUGCUCUGAAGUCUUUGCCUACAUGCGAAGAGGAAGGGCUGGAAGACGAGGGAAGCCAAAAAGGCGGCUCGAGUGCUUCAAGAGCACAGAGUAGGAGGAGCACAGUCGAGAGCGAACUCAAGGGACGCAGUUUAGGAACACUCGAAGAUAUUGGCGAGGUCAACGGCGAAAGCUGGCGUUCCUUUCUAUGGAACGCCCCGGAACUUCGGAGCAAAUACGCGCCCUAUGGAGGAUUUCAUUCUUACAUAUCCAAGUACCAUACUCUACACGCCGAGGAAGAUUCGACAAACAAGGCUUCGCCCGGCAACACCGCGUCUCCUACGGCAUUUCCUCCUCCACCUGACGAUGAAAGGCUUCUGUUCAACCAUUCCGCUGAUCCUUCUUUGGAAUUUUUCGAAGGGUCUUUGUUUGACGGAGUACCGGAUACAGAGCGACUGGAAUUCGAGUGGGGGUUUAUUCCUAGCCAACAUGGAGCAUCCAGGAGUCUCAAAGAUGACCCCAUUCUUCAAAAGUUUCUUGUCAAGUAUGAUUAUGGGACAAUUGGUGAAUCUUUCUCAGGGCUUAAUGUUUUACCGAUGAACCUUUCGGAUGUGCUAAACGAAACCGAGGGGCUCCGGACUAGCGCUUUCAGUGGCUUUACUUUCCCCCCUACGUACACCGGGCCUCCCGAAUUUCGUCAUUUUAGUAGUUCUCCAGUUACUGAGAUCAAUAUUAACGACGGCAGCUAUCCAUCGCCUUAUUUAUCCCCUAAACGGGACAUUUCUACCGGCUAUAACUAUGAGGAUUGUCCAGACCUGGCUAGUAGUCGCGAAGGGCCAUGGUUUUCCUUAUUCCCUCAAGUUGAUACUGUCACCAACCAGGAUGACCACGGGAAUCCUUGGAACUUAAAGCACGUCGAGUCAUUUAAACCUGAAGAUAUCGUUUACAAAGACGAUGUUACGGAACGGGAACGAUUUGGAUUGUACCCUGAAUCCGACACGGUUAUCCGCCAAGAUAACAUUACCCCUAAACUGGCAGUUGAUGAUAUACUGGCGGCUGGCGAUGAUCCGGGUGGCCGGAAUCAGUGGCCACAACCACGACCACGACAAUUACGACAACCAGCAUCACCACCACUACUACCAUCUCCGCCACCUCCCCUUACGCCAAUUAAUAUCAGUCAGCAGACGAUACGCUACGCAGCUCAGGCACCGCUAGAAUUAAUAGACGAAGAUUCUGAGGAUAUGAUGAAGAAAAAACUAGCAGAGAUGGAUACCAAAGGGAAGAAGGCGGAAGCCGACGACAAGCAGGAAGAAUUUGAAGCUCGAAUUAAGGACCAGAGCUUAGACGCGAUCUUAGACAGAACGAGAAGAAUAGAUAGAAGUCGAGCGCUUAGGCGCGAUUCUAGACAAAGGAAGCCAUCAGAUAAAGAUCCAGAGUUUCAGGAUGCCACCGAGCGCGAAAGGACCAAUUCGGAAACUUUGGAGUGUGUGAUUCGGCACCUAUCUAGUCAGAAUAGCCGUUACAAUGAUACUCAGCCAGAUAGCUCUGAUGAUGAUGAUGAUGAGAACGUUAACGUCUAUUGGUCUGCUAUAGCUAGGUAG